ACAGACGGCGACAAGCAGGCUGGGCCAGAGGAUGAGCACAACAAUUUUAAGCCCCCUUUGUCUUUGAGCGCCCAGGAGCUGUCACAUUUCGACUCGGGCUGGCGAGCAGAGCAAGCGUGCUAUGACGCCGAGAACGGCGUUGCGCCGCGGGCCUGCCUGCCAGCUGACGAGGGCGCCGAGGUUGCCGCGGGCGCCGCGGCGAGUGCGGUGGCCAACACGCCGCCAGAGCCGUCGGCGCCGAAGCGUGCGGUCCCAGAGGCCGACACACAUGCAGUUUGCGUUUUAGUUGAGGAUAGCCCUCAGAGGAAGAGGGGGGCUCAGGCAGAUCUGCCGAUGUCAGACGAGCAUGCCAGCCGUCUCGACAGCAGCGUUGGUGCGAAGACGCCCGCAAAGUUUGGUGUCACUUCGCCCGCCUCGGAGACGCCUGCGAAAAGCUCGGACCCAGCGUUCGGGCAAAUCGUGCCUUCUCAGAGCAAGCGUCGUUGGAUCUUGAAGCCAAGUUUUGGCGGACCAGCCCCGAGCGGUUACAGCGAGAGUGAGGCCGCCCUGGCGCUUGAGAGACGGGGCUGGAUUGACGUGGCCGACGAUUCGCAUGGCUGCGUGUUUGACCAGCUCGGCCACCAACUUGCAUCUGCCAGCCAGGUUGUGCGUGACCCCGAGGGCACGGAGCAAUAG